GCAUCCCACCCUUAAAAUGCACAUGUAUAAAAACAUCCCACAAGCUCUAGGAAUUAUAGAUUUCUGGAGAACCAAGUUUGUUGAAAACUCUUACAUUCACAAGAAAAAUUACUCUUACUGUUGCAGACCUGUUUACCCAUGGAACAAGACAGACUCCAGGACACAAUGCUUUCCAGGUCAAUUGAGAUGGUUGAUGGAGCCGGCUGCAGCCCCCCUACUAAUGCAGACAACUGGUGGGAUCAUCCGUACACUGCACAGACUACCAGCCAGCAAUUUGUUGCCGUAUCUUCCUCAUACAAUUUUACAGAGUCCGUGAUUCAAAACCCAACCACAACCUACUCCUCCUUAUCUUACCAAUGGCCUGAGGGGAGAUAUACUCCAUACUCUGUAGCAAGCAGCGUUGCCAUUAGCAGUCAAUCCUAUCCACCACCCCAGCAAGCUUUGAGCUACUCAGCUGGUCGUACACUGAGUGCUCCCUCACAAGGGUUCGCCAUGGCAAUAAGCCCGCAAGGAUUCUCCACUAGCCCUCCUCCGUACCCUUACAGCAACUUCUUGAAUAGUGCACCUACACGUGUUCAAAGCAGCUUCUACCAAUCGAAUGACCGUGCAUUAAUGGACGAGAGUCCUGUUUCUUCACCCGAAUCACUCGAUUUCUUUCAAACAGAUAGUAAGAACAGAGUAGCUGUCCCUAUGGUUGAUCAGCUCUGCCUACCUCCACCCACGAAAAUGGCUGAGAUACCUAAGUUCUCGAUCACCAAUGGUUUCACUACAGUACCGUAUCCCGCUGCCAGUCAGAGCAUGCAAGUGGAUUCCGGAACGACCAGAAAACAAGUCCGAAUGCCUCAACGAAAGGGAGGUAUUCAACUCUGGCAAUUUUUGUACGCCCUUCUCUCCGACAAGAGCCGCUCAAAGCUCAUUGAAUGGACGUCAAACGGAGGAUCUAAAGAAUUCAGAAUGCUGGAGCCUGAGUCGAUUGCCGUUUGGUGGGGAACAAUCAAGAGCAAGCCAACCAUGACAUACGACAAAUUCAGUCGCUCCCUUCGCUAUUAUUACCACAAAGGCAUUCUCAAGAAGAUCCAGGGGGAGAGGUACAUGUAUCAGUUCCUUGUCGACCCGGAGGACAUGUACAGACACAUUGGCGCCUCAGACAAGAGGCCUGAGCUCAAGACCAUGCCCAAGGAAGCUAAAAUGGUGAUGGGAAUCUUUCAGAAGCAAAGCGUUGAAACGACGGUAAGCAGGGCGCCCAUAGUAACCAAACCCCCUGAGGGACUGCGAGAGUCAUCAAAUCUGAAAACCGAAUUCAAAUCAUCACUCAAACUGGAAAGCAUUGGAUUGGACUGUAACAAUUCAAACAAUACACUUAUAACGAACACUAAUGAUGAUAUUAGACUCCCAUUUUCUCUGUCACCACAACUACCCAUACUAAUACCAGCUGUUGCAUGGUGAAACCAUUUGUGCACUAUAAUAUGUUUAACCAUAAUUUUUCUUGUUUCUUACAUUUUUGUGUUUAAACAGAUAACCUUAUCAUAAUGAA